GUGGAUAGCGAAAAAAUGUUACAGCUCGACUUAAGAGAAGUGUACAUGCAGGAAAAGAAAAGUGAAUUAGUUUGCAGUCAGAAAAUAUGUCGAUUGUGUAUGCACCCAGUAGAAAGUGAGUUUAGGUGCAUACGUGAAGAGGAACUUGAAGCUAUUCAGAAAUUGACACCUGAAAUGAAUAUAAAUAUCAUCAAAGGUCCCAUUGUAUGUAAGCCAUGCUGGGAUUCUCUGUGUACUCACAAUAGUUUCCUGAAAGAUUGCUUGGAUGUAGGGGAAAACAUUAAAAGUAUUUUUGAUAGCUCGGCCACAAGAAGUCAAAUAGAUACGUCUCCACUUGGUUUAUUCGUGAAGACUGAAAACCUGGACAAGGAAUUCAAUAUUAACGAGAUGGAAAUGUCGAUUAAAGCUGAAUCUGUUGACAUAAAAUCGGAAGAUGAGGAAAGGAGCGACACGCCACUUCAGACCUCCGAUAUUGUACCAUUCGAGGAGAGUGACUGUAAAAAUGAAGAACAGGAUAGAUGUAAACAUGAGAAUGGAUCAGAAGCGAAAACCAAGCAGGAGCGCAAAGUAUUGUACAAAUGUGAUAAAUGUAUCUAUGAAUCUGGAAGUGAGAUCCGUUUUACGGUACACUGUGAGAGACAUGAGAACAAUUUGAGAGCAUAUGAAUGUGCAUCGUGUGAGUACAAAACUGAAAAUAAGAAAUUACUUCAGAAGCACCUGUUGAAGCAUAAAGAUUCUUUGCAGAUUCAAAUGUACAGGUGUAACAAUUGCGAUUAUGAACAUAAAUAUAAGUGUUAUAUCAAACGGCACCAAAUGAAACAUAAAAACCCGUACAGGUGUAACGACUGCGAUUACAAAACUAGAUACAACAGACAUUUCAAACAGCAUCAACUGAAACAUAAAGAUCCUUCGCAGAUUGAGAUGUACAGGUGUCACGAUUACAAUUUCGAAACUAAAUACAUGAAUGCUAUCAAACGACACCAAAUGAAACGUAAAGACCCGUACAGGUGUAACGAUUGCGAUUAUGAAAAUAAAUAUAAGU